AUGCACGCCUCGUUCCUUCUCUCAGCGCUCGUCGCGCCACUUGCUGUUCUGGCGGCCCCGGCCGAGAACGCUGCUGCUGUCCACGCACGACAAGAAGAGCUCGUGAAGCCACCACCGUGCACAUCCAUCCCCGGUAUCACACCGGAAGAGACUGAGCUUCGCCAUAACGACUUCGCUCAGGCAUUCAUUUUCGACUUGGACAUUGUCAAAGCUUUCACUUUCAUCAGGGAAGACUACAUCAACCACAACCCGAUGGCCCAGAACGGGUCGGACUCGGCGUGGUCGAUCCUGUCUCCCGGCUGGGCAAACCAGACUCAACCUACGGUCCUCGGUACACUAUGGCGCAGCCCUCAGGGAUGGCUGAACUACAUCGGCGACUUCGGAACGAUCGUCGACCGCUUCAGAUGGCAGGAGGGUUGCAUCGCGGAGCACUGGGACGCCGGAGAGCAAAUGCCACCACAGUAA